AUGGAUGUAUUAAAUGACGAGACAUUUAUGUAUGGAAUACUUCUCCCUGUCGUGGUGUUUUUUGGAUACCUGGGAAAUAUAUUGACAGCCAUAGUGUUAUGGAAAAAGGAAAUGGCUUCCACGAAUAACAUUCUUCUCCGUGCUCUGGUUCUCUCCGAUAUUGUAAUGAUAACAACAAUUUUCAUUGUUCUAUCUCUGCCAUUCUUGUUAACAAAGUUAAUAGAUAAUGAAGAGGCGACUGCUGCCAUAUUCAUACACGGACAUUCUACCUUGAACUAUCUGGUUAUGACGUCACAGCAAUGCAACGAGUACAUUCUUGUGUUUUUGUCUGCGGAGCGGUAUUUUGCCGUUUGCCAUCCACUAAAGUACGUCAACUUCACUAGUAAAGGAAAAACUAUCGCUCUCCUAUGUGGAGUUAUCUGUUGUUCCAUUGCUUACAACAUCCCGCGAAUAUUAGCAUUUACCGUUCAUAAAGCUUCGUGUGUGAACGAGAAUUCCUCUUUCACUUGUUAUACAUUAUUGUACACAGAUUUCGGGAGCGGUUAUUUCUACCAGGAAGUGUACUCGAUAUGGCUAUAUAGUGCUAUAUACUUUGUUAUUCCUCUUGCGAUUCUGUUAAUAUUGAAUAUUUUAAUUAUAAAGGAGCUGGCAAAGAUGUGGAACAUACGGAAAAGGCUGGGCGUGGUCAACUCACCUAACGCCAAGAAAGAUAGCAUAACUCUUAGUCUUGUUCUCAUCAUGGUUGUUUUUGGUGUUGUCCAAACUCUUGGAUUUUUUAACCAGUUCCCGAACAUUCUGGACGACGGGAUAGAUCAAGAUAUGUUCAUAAAAUGUGUCAAUGUACUGUAUGUUAUCAACUCCAGUAUCAACUUUCUGAUUUAUGUUGUUGUGGGGAAGAAAUUCAGGAAAAAUGUAUCCGACCUUUUUAAGACGUGGUUUCAUUGUUCUCCAUGUACCAAGCCAUCCACGGAAUAUCGCUUAAGUGAGCUUUCCAGCUUCAGGAAUUGA